AUGUCUCAAGACGCGCUAAGCAAGUUCGCGAAGAUCAAGGGCUUCAAUGAGCGGCUUCAGGGACUGACGGAUCGCCACGAUGUGUACCCAGGAGUUGACCCUCAGCUUGCCUUCCGAGAUAGGACCUUCUCCGGGAAAGUUGUGCUCAUCACAGGCGCUUCUCGAGGUAUAGGCGCUGUCAUAGCGACAUUCUAUGCACGCGCGGGAGCAAAACUCGCCCUUGUCGCGCGUACCGCCUCCAAGCUCGACGCUGUGAAGGCACAGAUCGUAUCAGAAGAAACGACUGCCGAGAUUGUCACGUUCGCAGUUGAUGUGAAAGAUACGCAUGCUGCUGCCAAGGCUGUUCAAGACACGGUCGAGCGGUUUGGGAGGAUCGACGUGGUGGUCGCAAAUGCUGGCGUCGGCCUUCCUCAUGAUGGCACCCCGAUCGGCAAGCGCGAUGUUCGGCAGUGGUGGAAUACGAUGGAAGUGAACGUGCUGGGGACGUUGAACUUUGUCAGCCCUGCCCUCGAACACCUUCGGAAGACGAGUGGCUACGUGGUUGCUCUGAGUUCCAUUGGUGCUCAGCUGCGUAACAUCGGAUCUUCUGACUCAGGUAUCAGCAAGCUCGCGUUGAACCGCCUUGCUGAGUUCAUAGCGCUCGAAUACAAGGAAGUGCACGCAUUCGCAGUGAAUCCCGGAGCUAUUUGGACCGACUUGAACAAGGACUCUGGCGCUUGGAAGGACAUCUUCAUCGACACGCCCGAGCUGGCGAGUGCCACGAUCCUGGCACUGACUUCCGGGAAGUACGAUUGGUUGAGCGGGCGGUUCGUGGACGCGACCUUGGAUCUCGGCGAGGUCGAAGGGCUCCGGGAGGAGAUACUCAGCAAGGAUGCAUUAGUUGCAAAGCUUUCACUUCCUUGA